UGAGUCCAGGGCAUUUUUAUUUUGAUGUAGCCUGAAAAGGUUUUGCUCACAAAGCAAUCCUUUAAACACAAAAUUAUUCUGUGAACACAUUCUCACAAAUGUGCACCUUCUAUCAGAUUUCUCAAACAAACAUUUAUAUGUUUGUGUUGCAUUUAGGAUGGAUGUGCCAAAACCAUGGCUGAAACUACUGAAGAAACAUGUUGUGUCACAUGUGGUUUGUAGCUUCAUCCUUCUGGGCUUGGAGAAGAUGGUGGAGAUGGAGUUUAGGUGUCCCUGCGAUCCUAAAUGGAACAAGAUGUUUACGUCUACAUUCUUUAUCCUUCCUGCCAUUACAGCAUUCGUGAUGAUGCUAAAAGUACAAGGACCUACUUGUAAACAAGUGUGUAAGAGAGCGUGUAAGGGGGCACUUGUGUAUUUGUCAAGCCUCAUCCCUCCAUUGGUGUGGUUGGUCAUACUGUUCUUCGAUGGCCAGUACUUUGCUUGUGUAAAGUCAAACUGGAAUGGCACAUUUGUCAUUUCUAAGGAAGAUGCUCCUCGGAAAUGGUGUGAGCCAGAUGAGGAUGUACCCACUCAUAUGGAUCACCAUCUGGAAUUCCUUGUUCAGUCUCAGGUCAUUGGUCUGGCUCUGCUCUCGGUCAUCUUUGUGGCACUCACAUUUUUCUUGUGCUUAAACUGCUGCUGCACAGGACUGCAAACAGUGAUAACAGAGCAGCAGAAGGAAGUUGACAAGAAUGAUGGCAAGAAAGUUUUUGUGUCACAUGUGGUUUGUAGCUUCAUCCUUCUGGGCUUGGAGAAGAUGGUGGAGAUGGAGUUUAGGUGUCCCUGCGAUCCUAAAUGGAACAAGAUGUUUACGUCUACAUUCUUUAUCCUUCCUGCCAUUACAGCAUUCGUGAUGAUGCUAAAAGUACAAGGACCUACUUGUAAACAAGUGUGUAAGAGAGCGUGUAAGGGGGCACUUGUGUAUUUGUCAAGCCUCAUCCCUCCAUUGGUGUGGUUGGUCAUACUGUUCUUCGAUGGCCAGUACUUUGCUUGUGUAAAGUCAAACUGGAAUGGCACAUUUGUCAUUUCUAAGGAAGAUGCUCCUCGGAAAUGGUGUGAGCCAGAUGAGGAUGUACCCACUCAUAUGGAUCACCAUCUGGAAUUCCUUGUUCAGUCUCAGGGCAUUGGUAUGGCUCUGCUCUUGGUCAUCUGUGCGGCAGUCACACUAUCUGUGUUCAAAGACUGCUGCUGUGGAAAAUGCUGUGGGGAUGUAGACGAAGAAAACGAAGAAAGAAAAAAAUGACGAAGAAAUUGAGUUGAAUUUAGAAAGGAUUCAACCACCAGCAACAGCUUCGGCGUUAGGGAAUCAAUCAUGCACAAACUGAUGGAUGCACAUGCACACACACACACAAGCGCACAUGCAUGCAUACUAAGAGAAAGUUUAAGUUAGAUUUAUACUCUUCUCUCUGCAAUUACCAACUGCCAUUUCCUCAAUGUACCCUGUACUCAAUGUAUGGUAAUAUGUCAUUGUUCAGGAUGGAGCCAAUUGCUGUUUGAAAGCUUUGUUUUAGGUUUCUCUCUACUCUGAUGAUUAAGAGAACACCAAGCAAGAAUGGGAAUGUUCAAUUAUUACAUAUGUUGGACACGGGCGAGCCCAAACACACACACACACACACACACGCACACACAAUGUGUUUACUGCAUUGCUUCACUUACGUUUCUAUGAUGUGGAGGUCGUGAGGAAAUCACUAUAGUGAUUAAAUCAUCUCCACACUCUACAUUAUCUCCACCUUCUAAAUUAUCUCCACCCUCUAAAUUAUCUCCACCCUCUAAAUUAUCUCCACCUUCUAAAUUAUCUCCACCCUCUAAAUCAUCUCCACCCUCUAAAUCAUCUCCACCCUCUAAAUUAUCUCCACCCUCUAAGUCAUCUCCACCCUCUAAGUCAUCUCCACCCUCUAAAUCAUCUCCACCCUCUGAAUCAUCUCCACCUUCUAAAUCAUCUCCACCCUCUAAAUUAUCUCCACCUUCUAAAUUAUCUCCACCCUCUAAAUCAUCUCCACCCUCUAAAUUAUCUCCACCCUCUAAAUCAUCUCCACCCUCUAAAUCAUCUCCACCCUAUAAAUCAUCUCCACCCUCUAAAUCAUCUCCACCCUCUAAAUCAUCUCCACCCUCUAAAUCAUCUCCACCCUCUAAAUUAUCUCCACCUUCGAAAUUAUCUCCACCCUCUAAAUCAUCUCCACCUUCGAAAUUAUCUCCAACCUCUAAAUCAUCUCCACCCUCUAAAUCAUCUCCACCCUCUAAAUCAUCUCCACCCUGUUCAUCACUCGUGGAACAAAUGUCAAGGUUUUUCCCCGGUCAAUUACCACCACAUGCAGGCAGCCACAGGUCUCUAGGUACUCUCUCUACUAAACUAUAUCUUUCUAUUAUUAUACUCCCCCCUUCACUACAGUAUCUCUCCCCUUUACUAUAGUAUCUCUCCCUUUACUAUAGUAUCUCUCCCCUUCCCUAUAGUAUCUCAGAUCUUUACUAUAGUAUUUCUCCCCUUUACUGUCGUAUCUCAGCCCUUUACUAUAGUAUCUCUCCCCUUUACUACAGCAUCUCACCCCUUUACUACAGCAUCUCACCCCUUUACUAUACUAUCUCAGCCCUUGACUAUAAUAUACUAUUUCCCUUUACUAUAGUAUCUCAGCUCUGUACUAAGGUAUCUCUCCCAUUUACUCUAGUAUCUCUCCCCUUUACUAUAUUUUAUUUAUUUAUUUUUAUUUUGCUACAAUGUAAAGUAGUGAGUGUACAGCUUGUAUAACAGUGUACAUUU